CUUCGAGCAUUCUCAGUUCCAGCCGCGGCAUUCACGGCACCACAAGCGCGCCUCCGCAGUCCAGAAUCCUCAUCAGCAACCGAACAGUUAAGCGCUUAUUAAGCCAAGCAUAACCAUAACCGGAGAGCUGGUCAAUGCAAUGAGCUAAUUACCCCAGCCAGUGCAAUUACAAAUUAAAACUAAUGAAAAUUAAUUAUUAAUUAUUAAUUAUAAUAAUAAUAAUAGUAAUAAUAACAGUCAAGUUCAAGUCGAGUCAAGAUGGAAAUGAAGGCAGCGAGCGGCAAUGGAACGGCGCCAGCGGCGGAGAAGAAAGACGAGGAGAAGCAAAAGGCCGGCGAGCGCUCAAAUUGGGGCAAUGGCCUGGAAUUUCUCAUGUCCUGCAUAUCCGUAUCCGUGGGUCUGGGUAAUGUCUGGCGGUUUCCUUUCACCGCCUACGAGAAUGGAGGAGGCGCCUUCCUGAUACCCUACAUCAUAGUGCUGUUUUUGAUCGGCAAACCCAUGUAUUAUCUGGAGAUGAUCAUUGGCCAGUUUACCAGCCAGGGCACGGUGAAGAUCUGGUCUGUGGUGCCGGGUUUUGUGGGCGUGGGCUAUGGCCAGGCCUUUGGCACCAUUUGCAUCAUUUCGUACUAUUCCUCGCUGCUGGCCCUCACCCUUUACUACCUCUUUGUGUCCUUUCAAUCGGAGCUGCCUUGGUCCUACUGCCGGGAUGAGUGGGCCAACUGUGUUGACUCCCGGCCGGCUGAGUAUGUGGAGAACUUGCUCAGCACUGGCAUUUCAGCGGCCAAUGCCACGUUAGCCAGCAAUACCACCAAGCUGCAGAGUAGCUCGGAAAUUUACUUUCUCAACGUGGUGAUCAAGGAGAAGCUGGACAUAUCGGACGGCAUUGGCAACCCCGACUGGAAGCUUACCCUGGCUCUGCUUGUCGCCUGGGUGGUCAUCUUCUUGGUGAUUAUGCGCGGCGUUAAGAGCUCCGGCAAGGCGGCUUACUUUCUGGCCCUGUUCCCCUACGUGGUGCUCUUUGUCCUGCUUAUUCGUGCCGUCACACUGGAGGGUGCCAAGGAUGGCAUCAUUUUCUUCUUGGAGCCGCAAUGGGGCGAGCUGUUGAACCCCACCGUUUGGAAGAAUGCAGUUGUCCAGUGCUUCUUCUCCCUGGCUGUGGGCUCCGGGCCCAUCAUCAUGUUUGCCUCAUACAAUCGCUUCGAUCAUGGCAUCUAUCGCGAUGCUAUGAUCGUGACUACGUUGGACACGCUGACGAGUCUGCUGGGCGGCAUUACGAUAUUCGCUAUUUUGGGUAACUUGGCGCACAACCUGCAGAUCGAUAAUAUCCAGGAUGUGGUGCGCAGUGGCACUGGGUUGGCUUUUAUUUCGUAUCCGGAUGCCAUUUCUAAGUUUCAGGCAGUGCCGCAGCUCUUCUCUGUUUUGUUCUUCUUCAUGCUAUUUGUUUUGGGCAUCGGAUCGAUUGUGGCCUUGCAGAGCACCAUUGUUACCAUCAUUUGUGAUCAGUUCAAGGGCUGGAAAUACUGGAAGGUGGCGUUGACCACCUCUAUCUGUGGUUUCCUCAUGGGAUUGGUCUAUGUGACGCCGGGCGGUCAGUGGAUCCUUACUCUGGUGGAUUUCUAUGGCGGCACCUAUGUGGUCUUCAUUUUGGCCAUUUUCGAGUUGGCUGGCAUUAUGUGGGUUUACGGCCUGCAGAAUUUCUGUGAUGAUAUCGAGUUCAUGUGCAAUCGCCGCGUCUCUCUGUACUGGCGAAUGUGCUGGUCCUUCUUCACGCCCGUCAUGAUGAUUAUCAUAUUCAUAUACUCCAUGGCCACCAUUGAGCCGAUUAAAUACAGCGAGCUAUAUUUCCCAGAGGCCGCAAAUGUGGCUGGCUGGCUGCUGUUUGGCAUAGGAGCUGCCCAGUUUCCGUUGUGGGGCAUUUGGUAUAUCUCCCGUCACAGAGAGGGCAGUGUCUGGCAGUCUUUGAAGGCCUCUCUGAAGCCCAACGAGCGUUGGGGUCCCGCUAAUGCCGAUGUUAAGCGCGAAUGGCAGAUAUUUAAGAAUCAGAAGGCCGCCGAGAGAGCCGCUCAGAAGGAGUCCUCGAAACUGGGUUACUUCUGGCAGAAGAUUGGUCAUUUCUGCGGCAGCAACAACUAAAUAAGGGAGGAUUACCCACGGGGAUAUCAUCAUUGGGGGGGAUAUCAGAGAUUACGAUCACCAUAGCGCCGCCUGUUAGUUAUAUACGCCAUACAGUCAGUCUCCAUGAAGCCAUCACCAAAAGCGAAGCAAAUCCUUCGACCGAAUACAUGCAGUUUUUUUUUGUUUUUGUUAUUCCAUGUACAAAGUUUAUAUAUUCAAAUGUGAUAGUAUUGAGGAGAAAUAAAUAAAUUAUUGUUAUCAAAGUU